AAUAUGAUGAAAUGUUCAUCUCUGUUGAUUGCAUUAGUAAUACUCCAUUUAUUCCCAUGUUAUGAUGCAAAGUGCACCCCUUCUGCCUGCGGCAUCCUUUCCAAUAUCAGCUACCCUUUCCGCCUCAACGACGACCCCAAAAACUGCGGUGACCGCAGAUUUGAGCUUCACUGCCACAACAAUGUCACCUCCAUCUCUCUCAACUCCCAAAACUACCACGUCAAAGCAAUCGACUACCAAAACUCCACCAUCAGGCUGGUUGAUUCAUCCAUUAACAACAAUAACAUCUGCUCUUUUCCCACUGUGUCUUCAUAUAUCUUUACCUUCAUCUUUGAUAAUCCUCAUCCUUUUCCUUACCGAAUUCCAACAACACUAAACCCAUUUAAUUUUGUAAGCUGCCCACAUCCAUUGAACAACUCUUCCCUCUUCACAGAUAUUACUAGUCAUUGUUCCUCUAAUUAUUCACACAACACAUAUGCUUAUAUCAAGGUGGGACACUUGAAUGCCUCUGAGGUGCCACGCUUGUGCAGAGUCGAUCUCAUAGUGAUGACUUCAUGGCCCGGAUUUAACAAUUUCGACAACGUUUCACUCUCUGAAAUCCACCAUUCUCUCUUCUAAAUUUUAUGAAUCAAUCUUCUUUGGUAUGAUCCCGAUUCUUCUGAUAAUUGUCUGUUAUGUGCAGUGGUAAGCCCUCCUGUGUUCACCAUCAUUGGAUUCGCAGCUGUAUCAAUGCUCUUAUAUUAUAAAUCAGCUCUCUUUUUCACCGUGAUUCAACCAGUCGUAAUCGGGUCAAAGAGUAAUUAUCUACUUCCUGUGACCAGAUCACCGACUUAUCUACUGCCUGGUACGCUUUCAUUUCAUUUUGUUUACUAAUUCAUCAACUUACUAAAAGAUAACAUGUGUAUACAUAGCAAAGAUUUGAGUUUCUUCCACGUCUUCUCAGCCCUCAUAGUAAGCAUCAUCAUUUGCGCAUCAAGGGUCUUCACCUUCCCUUUGGUGGUGCGGCUUUUGAUUUACAAAUUCCGAACAAGGCGUCUCUCCUUACAUGAAGAUAUUGAAUCAUUUCUACAAAGUGACAACAAUCUCGCCCCAAUUAGGUACUCCUAUUUAGACAUUAAAAAAAUGACCAAAGGUUUUCGAGAUAAAUUAGGUCAAGGAGGUUACGGUUCUGUUUACAAAGGCAAGCUCCGCAGCGGCCAUGAUGUUGCAGUCAAACUACUGGGGAAAUCGGGAGGAAAAGGGCAGGACUUCAUGAAUGAAAUCGCAAAUAUUGGAAGGAUACACCAUGUCAAUGUUGUAAAACUAGUUGGGUACUGUGCACAUGGCUCCAAACUUGCCCUUGUCUUUGAUUUCAUGACUAAUGGAUCUCUUGAAAAGCACCUCUUCAACCGAGAAAACAUGAAGCCACUAAAUUGGGACACGAAGUUUGAUAUUGCAGUUGGAGUUGCUCGUGGGAUUGAGUAUUUACAUCGAGGUUGUAACAUCCAGAUUCUGCAUUUUGACAUCAAGCCGCAUAACAUACUUCUGGAUGAUAAAUUCGUCCCCAAAAUAUCUGAUUUCGGGCUAGCAAAGUUUUGCUCUACGGGUAAAGAUACAGUGAGCUUGACUACUGCUAGAGGAACUAUAGGGUAUGUUGCUCCUGAACUAAUCAACAGAAGUAUGGGAGCAGUCUCUUAUAAGGCUGAUGUGUAUAGUUUCGGGAUGAUGUUAAUCGAUAUGGUGGGGUUAAAGAGAGACUUGAGAGGAAAGAACGGUCAUUCCAGCCAGUAUUUUCCAUAUUGGAUAUAUGAUUGUUUUGAGCAAGGGAAGGAUAUUGAAAUCGAAGAAGCUGGGUAUGACGAUGAGAAUGAGAGUAGAGAGAGUAUUGUUAGAAAGAUGACAAUAGUUGCAUUGUGGUGUAUAUUGUUGAGCCCAAAUGACCGUCCAUCAAUGAACAAGGUGUUAGAGAUGUUGGAAGGUGAUGUUGAACGUUUGCAAAUUCCUUCUCAAUCAACUCAAAUAGGAGUUAGUUUUGAUCAAACUGAAAUUACAUGUUCCUCUGAUUUUGUUUAAUUAAAAAGCUUAGUUCUUCUUCAUCUCUUAACUCCAAAGACCGGCAUCUGGCGAAGGUGGAAGCUGAAGGGUUGCAGUUCAGAAAUGUUAGCUCGUUAGUGUUUGUUUGUACAAUGCAUGUAGAAUAAUAUAAUAGAGGUAAUCUUGAAAACUGAAAUCUUUGUCUCGGAAUGCAAUUCCGACGAAUUUCAUAUUU